AUGAUAAAAAUAAUACUUGGAUUGGUGAUCCUAGUCAGCGUAGUAGCUUAAGAUGCAAUCAUAUGUAGUGGAUUCAUUCGAAUUCUAAAGGCAGACAGAUAAGAUAUAAAUGUCAAUCAAAUUGAAAUGAAACUUUUAGGAUCCAAUAAUUAAUUCAUUGAUUAUAUAGAAAUAUCUGAAAAUGGGUUCUAUUCUAUAGAAAUUGAAGAUGAUGGCACUCCACUAAUUGAUUACGUUGUCUUCAUUCAACCAAAAGUUAAAGGAUUUGUGGCCAGUCCAAGUUAAAUUAAUUUAAAAUUCCAAUCAAAAACAUUUGAUGAGGCAAGCUCUUUUUGUAAUAAACAAUUGAAUUUCUCUAUAAAGAGAGCACCAGUGGAAGAGCCAAAAUAAUAAUAACAAUAAUAAUAAUAAUAGGAAUAACAACAACACAGGGAAUAAUAAUAACAAAAAGAAUAAUAAUAAUAAUAACAAUAACAACAAGAAAUAACUUAAACUUAAGAAGAAAAAAUUGAAUAGUAAUAACAAUAAGUAGAAAUAGAUUAAAAUAUUGAAUAUAUUGUUAGUAAGACUAAUGAUUAAGAUUAUAAUUAAAAUUAUGAUGAGAAGUAAGAUAAUGAAUAAGGAAAAGAAUAAAUAUAACCAGAUGAAAUAUAGGAGGAAUUAUUGAAUGAAGAUAUUGAUGAAAAAUCAUUUGAUCAUUUUAGAUUGAUUGGAUAAAUAGUUUUUGAGGGAGAUUUCACUUUAACAGAAAAAAAUUUAUACUUCAUUAAAUCAUUUAAAGUUUUUGAUAAUUUGGAUGAAUAAGUACAAGGAAGAACAUUAAGUUUCUAAAAUUACUUUGAAGUAGAAACAAAUGAAGCAAAAACUCUUAAAUUAUAAUUGGUUGUCGAGAAAACUAAAGAAAAAGGAGAAAGUGUAAAUAAAUAAAUAAAUUUUGAAUAAAAAAUUUCAAAGAUAUCAUUGCUCAACAGAUAAAUAACUGCUCAACCAGUUGUAUUUGCUAUAAAGAAAGAAACUCCCUAAAAGGAAUAAAAUAAAAUAGGUUAAGUGUUUGCACCAUUAUUAAUUUUUGGAUUAGUUUUGGCUAUGUUUAAUUAUGAUAAAAUAUUAAAAAAAAAGUGAUUCUAUAAUAUGUAUAUUUAUGUAAAAGCAAAUAAUAAAAUUAAUUGUAAAA